ACUACGAUAAUUUUCUCUCGUAUAGGUAGAUUAUGGAGCGUUUUGCCACCUGUUGACCUCUCUGCCCGCCACCGCCUCCUUUCAUGGCUACCGUCGGAAACGGUAAAUUGGCCAAAAUUCCCGCCGCCUCUCUUGCCGUUGUGGCGGUGGUGACGGCUGUGAUUUCUCUCUCUGUCGCCUUCUUCUCUGCUUCCAUAUGUAGGCGAAAAUCCAAGAUUCUAUCUUUACGCGUUAAGGAGCUCGAAGCCUCUCUCGAUGCUUCUUUGGAGAUGGCAGCAUCGGAGCGGCGUGGGAGAAUUAGAGCCCAGCAGGCGCUACGGGUGGCUUUGGCUCAGCGGAGUUCUGAUGGUUCGAGAAUGUCGAGAUCAGAAUCUGCUGUUUCUUACCCUAUGGCUCCCAUUGCUUUCGUGCAGUCCUGCUUCGCUACUAGGAAUGGUACACCGAGGCAACCCUUAGUAGUGCCUCUUUCUAGAGCAUGCUUAAUGUUUGAUUCCAGCCGAGUUCCAGCAGCUGCAUUAGAUGGACUUGCUGAAUACUCCCAUUGCUGGGUCUUAUACGUAUUUCACCUGAACACUGACCUUGAGAAAUUGUGGAAACAAACCUCCAGAUCAAAAUUCAAGGCAAAGGUGAGAGUUCCUAGACUUAAAGGUGGCAAGAUGGGAGUCCUUGCCACAAGAUCACCACAUAGGCCUUGUCCUAUAGGUCUUUCGGUUGCAAAGAUUGAGGCGCAGGAAGGACAUGCAAUUCUGCUUUCAGGAGUAGAUCUGGUCGAUGGAACGCCAGUCCUUGAUGUCAAACCUUACUUGCCAUACUCUGAUAGCAUUCAAGGAGCAACUCUUCCCAAAUGGUUGAAGGAGGAAGAAAAUUCGUUGGCCAUAUCUUCUGUUUGUUUUUCUGCGGAAUUUAAUUCUACUCUAUCCAUCUGCUGGUCAGAACACGAGAAAAAAUCACUAUAUGCAUCCAUGGAUGAAUUCCAGAGUUUGAUCAAGGAGGUUCUCUCAUGGGAUAUCAGGUCACUAUCCCAGCAGAGCCGACCACAUCAUGCAAUUAUUGAAGGUGAAAGCCAUGAAUGCUCACUUCUCCCAGCAGCUGGUGUCAUUUACCACUUGAUUCUCGAAGGAAUCGACAUUUCGUACCGAAUCGACGACGACGGGUCGAAUAUCUUGGUUGAGAGAGCCACCAUUGUUCCCAGUGCCAGUACAGUGAGCAACAAAUAUCACUACAAUUACUCAAUGUGGAGAGAGAAGAUAGUUAAAAUAAAUGAUUUAGCAGUCCAAUGAUCUAGUUAUAUUAAUAGUGACAGUUUGGAUCUUCUGAAAAGCUCUGUUUGUUAGUAGUAGGUAGUUGGUGCAUUGAAUAUGUUAGUUGUUUUAUUCAACUAUGUGAUGGCCGACUAGCAGUUUGAAUGUAGUGAGGAGUUUGUGCUACUGUCUUCUACCAAAAGCAGCAGUUGGUCAAUGAUUUCUCUUCCUUUUUUUUAAUAA